CUUUGCCAAUUGCCAGUCCUGAUUCCUGAACUGUACGCGCUCGAUCUCGCGAUCUCGGCUCGCCGCCGGGGAGAUUGGAGGCGAUGGCGGCGGCACCGGCGGUGAGGUUCCCGGUGUUCGGCAUCGCGCGGCUGCUUGGUGUGGUCGCGGCGGCGGCCAUCCUCGUCUGGGCCAUCCACUUCCGCGGCGGCAUGGCGCUCUCCUCGGAGAAAGACAAGCUCCUCAUCUUCAAUGUACACCCUGUGCUGAUGCUGAUUGGACUGGUAGUCUUGAAUGGUGAAGCUCUUUUGGCUUACAAAACAGUACCAGGAACCAAGAAACUGAAGAAGUUAGUACACCUUUCGUUGCAGUUCCUUGCCAUGUUUUUGAGUCUACUUGGCCUCUGGGCUGUCUGGAAGUUCCACGACGAAAAGGGAAUUGAUCACUUAUACACACUUCAUUCCUGGUUGGGACUUUCUUGCAUCAUCUUCUUCACCUUGCAGUGGGCUAGUGGAUUUUGGACCUUCUGGUACCCUGGUGGAUCACGGAGCGGCAGAGCAUCGCUGCUCCCCUGGCAUGUCUUCUUUGGUGUAUUUCUCUACGUUCUUGCCAUCGCCACAAGCAUUUCAGGACUUCUGGAGAAGUCAAUCUUCAUGCAGACUGCAAAAAUGAUCGGGCGCUUCUCCAUGGAAGCAAUGUUGAUGAACUCACUGGGGAUGCUGCUGGUACUACUGGGAGCUCUUGUUAUUCUUGCUGUUGUUAGCCCUGGAGCUGGCAAAAUCGACACAUACCGAGGUUCUUCCGAGUGAGAGGAAGGGGAGCAUGUGGUUCUUGAGCUGCAGAUAGUCCUAAACUACAGCUUAUGUGAUUUAAUUUAGGAAUAUUUAUCUGUAUGCUACUCUGGGGUGUGCUCUCCUUUUCUGAUCUGGGUAGUUAACAAUUAACUCAAUUCACUGUUAUCAACGAUUUAACAAUCCACUCUAGUCAAACUGAUUGAUCGAGCCGACAGAAGUUAGAGAUGAUUUUUUUUUCCUGUAGUUGCCAUGACUGGAAGAUCAUUUUAUUUUAUCCAUGGAAUAUGAGAUAUAACUACCAGUAACAGUUGUUUAUCAA